UACAGUCUAUGACCUUACCACGUUAACAACAUUGAUUUAACGUAACUUAAAGCCACAAGAGGCGUAACGUGUACGUGUGUCCUCAUAGGUCAGGAAUCCCCCCUGUACAGGAAAGUGGGACGAUCCAGUCAAGUUCUCACUUCAUUCAUUCAAGGUUCAUUCAGUUCAGACUAGAAGCUCGUUGUUGAUUGAAUCCCGUUACCCCACUGAAUGAAAACAAAUGCAGAUGUCAACGAAUAUUUAAGCGCUGCGAAACUUCCUCAAGCUCUAGAAAUAUGAACGCGGAAGGUGUUUCCAAGCGCACGCACAAAACGUGAGGAGGCGCGAUGGAUGCAAAGGACAGAGAGCGGCAGCAGACACGGAGCGCUUGCAAAAGAACCGAAAGCGCCAGUGUCCUGCGCUCGCUCAGCGUCGACAACAUAGACGAUAAUGAGGCAAUGGCAGGCGACUCGGACCUGGUUAAACAUGGCAGUCUUGAACAGCGACUCAUCGCACCGAGGUACAGCUUGCUCCGUGAAGUUGGCAGGGGCAGUUAUGGCGUUGUGUACGAAGCCGUUGCCCGUAAAUCAGGUGCGCGAGUGGCGGUGAAGAAGCUGCGCUGUGACGCGCCCGAGAACGUGGAGCUGGCGCUGGCGGAGUUUUGGGCUUUGACCAGUCUGGAGAAACGCCAUGAGAAUGUGGUGCAGCUGGAGGAGUGUGUGCUCCAAAGGAACGGGAUGGCCCAGAAAAUGAGCCAUGGCAAUAAGCGUUCAAAGCAGUAUUUGAGGUUGGUCGAGACCUCUUUGAAAGGUGAGCGUGUAUUGUCGUGUCCUGAUGAGCCCUGCUACCUAUGGUUUGUUAUGGAGUUUUGUGAGGGAGGGGAUCUGAAUCAGUUCAUCUUGUCGCGACGGCCCGAUCCCCGAACCAAUGCCAGCUUCAUGAUGCAGCUGAGUAGCGCUGUGGCGUUCCUGCAUGAAAACAACAUUGUUCACAGAGACCUUAAACCAGAUAAUAUCCUCAUCUCGGAGCGUUCUGGUGCACCUGUGUUGAAAGUGGCAGAUUUCGGACUGAGCAAAGUGUGUGCUGGUCUGAGUGCCGGAGUACGAGACUCAGAGGAGGGACGGGACAAAAACAAGAACAGUGUUAACAUCAACAAGUUCUGGCUCUCGUCGGCAUGCGGCUCGGACUUUUACAUGGCACCGGAGGUUUGGGAAGGACAUUACACAGCCAAAGCAGACAUUUUUGCUCUAGGCAUUAUCAUCUGGGCCAUGAUAGAGAGAAUCACAUUCAUUGACGCCGAGUCGAAACGGGAGCUUCUCGGGACGUAUGUGCGGCAAGGUUCUGACAUCGUCCCAGUUGGAGAGGCGCUUUUGGAGAACCCAAAGAUGGUUUUGAGUAUUCCCCAGCGCAGGCGCUCGCACAUGCCCGAGGCACUCCGGAAACUUUUGCAGGACAUGCUGGCCGUCAAUCCUCAGGACCGACCAGACGCACUAGAACUGCACAGCAGGAUGGGACAGGUCACUUGCGCAGCGUGAACUCUGACCUGAAUGCACACACAGGUUUUCCCUUUCCAUAACAGACCAGAAAGGACCGCGUUGCUUGGAAAACUGUGAAUCUUCCAUUGCUGAUUUAAUGUGAAGAGUACAAAGUACUCAACUUGAACACCCAUACAAAGUUUGCUACAAAGAGAUUUUCAGCUGACCGUUCACUUUUUUGUUUACAGUAGUAAUUUAAAUGAAUCAUUCAUUAAGCCCAGAAGUGUUCAGCCUAAAUCAAUCAUCAGUUAUGUCACUAAGAGUGAAGUAAAGCUAAAAACGAUGUUAUGAUGCAGUGAGUACAAUCAAGGUAAAAUAAAGAAAGCUCUUUAUUAGUCUUACUGAGGGACUGGGACUUUAAAAUUCUGUUCUCAGAGCCUCCCUACUUGCUCAUCUUCUCAAAACAAUCAUUUGCUAUAAAAACAGACAAAAAGAAAAGUAUUUCAGUUAUUCUAUUCAGUUUUGUGAGCAGUGAAGCCUUCAGUUUUAGUAAGCAAGCAGUUCACAAAUUUAUUUAUGUAUUUUUUUUGGUGGGGAGGAAAUCCAAAUAAAAACUAUUUUUGCAGUACAAAGACACACAAGAUACUAGAUUUACUACAUUUUACAAUACUACAUUUCAUCACAUGUCACAAACCAUGUCAUUACCAUAGUCUUACACUUGGGUCUUACUUGAGUUAAACAUACAACUCCACAAAACUUGAUCAUCUGUAUCUUUCCUCUGUCACAACAAAAUAGCUGAAAUCACGAGAAUUAAAGACCAACUUUUAGAACUUGGUUUCUUUAGAACUUUAGAACUUUUUUCUCCUUGAAUGCAGAUUUAUCCUGGUGCCUUGAAGUCUAGAGAUAUAAGUGAGAUUUCUUGUAGGGUUUUUUUUUUUUUUUUUACAGCUUUAUCUUUUAAACAUGCAGUCCGUUUUGCAAGCUUUUAAUAUUUAAACACUUUACAUAUUAGGCAUGUGCAGUUUAACCAUUUAGGUGCUUGCUUUUACAUUGUGUGAGAUAAUUUUUUGGCCAAAAAAUGAUUAAUUCUGGUGCCCCAUUUACAAUGCUGCUGUCACUUAUGAAAAAACAGUGUGAACAACUCUUCUGCACGGACACGCACACUUCUACAGUUUCACGGUUUCGUUGUUUUGGAAUCUGGUAGAUUAAAAUAUGCAUUUGAUUAUGAUUGAAGGGAGCAGUUAAAGUCUGUGUGAGUGUUAUUUGUGUUUUAUAUAAGAAAUACUACUUAUGCAUUUCCAAUAUACAACAGAUUUUUAUUAUUUUUUUGGUUGAUUUGUCAAAAUACAAUAUUUAUUUUUUGUUAACCGACUAUUUGAUUUUCUCUAAAACAGGAUGGGAGCUCAAUAGUGUACCAUUGCUCUUUUUCAUCUGUAUCCUGAAUGCUUCAUAGAGAAGAAAUUGGUGUGUGUUUGACUUCCAGGUGUGGUUUUGCCUGACAGUUUGUGUGUGCUGUAGUUCUACCUCUACACUCUUGUGUUUUAGUAUCUAAUUCACUAAAUGAACUAGCAGUGCUUUCUGUUUUUGGUGAGGCUAGUAAUUAAUGUUUUUCAGAUGGUAUUAUUUAUUUUUUGUUGUUUUUUAAAUAAUA